CAUCAACAGUUCUUACAAAGACAACUUGUCUAGUACUCAAUUAGUUGUUAAACCAUGAAGGCCUUCAUCGCUCUGUUCGUUGCCACUUUGGCCGUUGCUGCCCAAGCUGGAUAUGUCCCGUCGGCGUGGCCUGCAGUGUCCACCUACGGCGUGGACUCGUGGAACGGCUGGAACGGUCUCAACUCCUGGAACGGCCUGAACUCUUGGAAUGGCCUCAACUCCUGGAGCGGUCUGAACAGCUACCCGUACGGAGUCAACCAGUGGUCCUCGGCGGCGGCAUGGCCAGCGACCUACUCCAACGGCUACACCAACAACUGGUACGGACUCGGUGGAAAGACCGUCGUCCAGGCUAAUGUUGCCAAGGUCAACCCGUGGGGACUUCCGCUGGCUUCGUCGUACGGCUACGGAUACAAUAACUACCUGGGAGCGGCGAUUCCGUCCGCCAAGUACGUCGCUGCCAACCCCGGAUCGGUCCAUGUGGCCCCGCUGGUCGGACAUGCCAUCAACCAGAAGCUGAUCGUUGCCUGAAAUUUUGAUAAAAUUUCCCGAAAUUGACUGUGAUCUGUUGUUUACGCAAUAAACUACUCAA